AUGAUGACUGAACAAGUCUCGUUAAUGACCCAAAUAGCAUCGAUUGUACAACAUCGACAAUUUUACUGGUGGCUAGGACACAUUUUCGUUGUUUGCAACGGGCUAAUCUAUUUCAGUUCAAUCUUGUCGCUUAAUACCAAUCCAGCUUAUUACAAACGAGCCUAUCUAGGCGCACUAUUAUCUCAUGCUGUCGUAAUUUACAAUUCUGUAGUAACAAACGACGCUGCUUUAAGCGUCAGCAUUUUGAGUGAUGAAAAUGUGCAUUAUUUUGUAAUUGCUUUCUACUGGUAUUCGUAUCAACCCAUUGCAGUAACCUUGUUACCCUUCUUUAUAUUCUCCAUAUUCCAUACAUUGUCGUAUUUCAGAUCAACAAUUUUACCCAUCAUACCCGCGAAUGCACAAACAGAAAAGGUGAAUACCAAGAUUAGGCAUUUUACAAGUACACAUCACGCAACUGCCAUGCAUUAUGUUGCAUACAUUGAGGUGGUGGUGAUUCUCGGUAGAAUAAUUGUUGGGAUGCUGAUAUUUCGUACAUCUGUGUUGGCCUUGAUCAUUUUCAUUCAUUUUCUGCGAUUACGCUAUUAUCUAUCAAGUUAUACAAAAGAUGCCAUCUUAAACACCACAGUGCAUUUGGACAAAUGGCUUUUGCUACCAGAUCAAACCUCCCCCUCCGCCUCCUUAGAGUCUCCUAAAAAGUUGACAGUUGUAUCCAAUAUUUAUCUCAGUGUGAAAAGACUGGUCAUGCGAUACGCAGGUGUCGCACCAGUUGCUUCAAAAUAA